AAGCCUGUAAAAGUCUUAGCCAAUUGCAAUGGUGAACAUCCUGCUGGCGAGGGUGACCUUGAAUGAACUAAGUGGGAUAAAGUCACCAGGCUGGACUGACGGCUGAAGAAUCAGGCUGGAUUCCAGCAAACAGAGAGCAGAUUCUUGACAAGAGUCUCCUGAGCUGUGGCAAUGGCUUCUCGGUGUCGGAAAUGUGGACAACAGGUACCCAGGAAUCUGCCUUUCACUGCUGUCCGGAUAACAGAAGGAGAAAUGAAAUCUUACCAUGAUUUUAUAGGAGGAUGCAUUAGACUGGAGCGCAUGGCAAAGAAAGAUGAAAUCAUGCAGCAGGAGAUACGGCCGCUGGUAGCAGUGGAUAUAAUAGAGCAGCUCCACAGGCAAUUUGCAAUCUUGUCAGGAGGAAGAGGGAAGGAUGGAGCGCCCAUUAUAACCUUUCCAGAAUUUGCAGGAUUCAGUGAGAUACCUGAUGAUGAUUUUCUGAAUGUGGUCACUUAUCUAACCAGCAUUCCCAGUCUGGAGGCUGCCAGCAUCGGAUUCAUCAUCAUCAUAGACAGGCGACGGGACAAAUGGAGUGCAGUCAAGGCAUCCCUGACACGAAUAGCAGGAGCAUUUCCAGGAAACCUGCAGCUGGUGUUUGUCCUGAGACCCUCCCGCUUUAUCCAAAGGGCAAUCGCUGACAUUGGCAUUAAACUCUAUCGAGAUGACUUUAAAAUGAAGGUACCGAUCAUCAUGUUAAAUUCUGUCUCUGAUCUGCAUGGCUACAUUGACAAGAGCCAGCUGACCCGGGAGCUGGGAGGAACCCUGGAGUACGGGCACAGCCAGUGGAUCCACCACCGAACCGCUAUUGAAAACUUUGCAAUGACAGUAAAAACAACAGCACAGAUGCUACAGACCUUUGGAACAGACUUAGCAGAGACUGAACUUCCCAACGAUGUGCAGUGCACAGAGGAGCUUCUCUCCUCACACACCGACCACCACAGCAAGCUGAAGGAUGAGCUGAAGCUAGCAGUGAAGCAGGGGGCCACCUUACUGACAUGCAUCCGGGAGCCAGUCACCCGAAGUGCCAACAGCAAACUCAGUCCAGAUGAACUGGAAAAUGUAGCCACAGUGGAAAGGUUGUUGGCUCAGUUGGAUGAAACAGAAAAGGCUUUUGAUCAAUUUUGGACCAAGCAUCAUCUUAAACUAGAACAGUGCCUGCAGCUUCGACACUUUGAACACGAUUUUAGAGAGGUAAAACUGACAUUGGAUAACCUUAUGGAAACACAAGCAGGUUUUGCUGACAUUGGAGACAGUGUGACUCGAGUUGAGAACCUCCUCAAGGAACAGAAACAUCUGGAAGAGAAAGGACAGGAACCUUUAGAGAAGGCCCAGUCUCUAGCUCUCCAUGGAGAACAGCUCAUCCAAAACAACCAUUAUGCAGUUGACUCCAUUAGACCAAAGUGUGUUGAACUCAGGAGGAUUUGUGAUGACUUUACCAAUGAGACCAAGAAAAAGUAUGAUAUUUUGGGAAAGUCGCUUGAGCUGCAUAAGCAGUUAGAUAAGGCAAGCCAAUGGUGUGAAGCUGGAAUCUACCUCUUGGCUUCCCAAGCCGUGGACAAGUGCCAGUCACAAGAGGGAGCUGAAACUGCACUUGUAGAAAUUGAGAAGUUCUUGGUAACCGCUAAGGAACACCAGCUCUCCAACCCGAAGGAGUUCUACAAUCAGUUUGACAUGAUCCUCACCCCUGAAAUAAAGGCCAAUGCCCAAAGAAUUGUACAAAAACUUGAAGAUGUACAAGAAAUGUUUGACAAGAGGCAAGUAAGUCUGAAGAAGCUGGCAGCCAAACAGACCCGGCCAGUACAACCUGUUGCUCCACAUCCUGAAUCCUCCCCAAAGCGAGCAUCACCAAAGAUUACCAGACCAGCAGCAGUAGCUACCAAUAGGAGGUCUACAGAAAUAUCCUGCCCUCCAAAGACUGUUUCUGAAGUCGAGUUAUCAAAAAAGAAAAGCAUUAAGAAGACAAAAGGUGGAAUUAAGAUUGAAGUGAUGCAUGAAGCCAGUCAAGGAAGAUCUAGCAGAGUCCUGGUGACCAGUGAAAGUGAUGAGAACUUGUCAACAAGGAGGAGCCACAUAAUCAAUGAGCUGAUAGAAACAGAACGGGUUUAUGUAGAAGAACUUCAAAGUAUAAUAGAGGGGUACGCUUCAGAAAUGGACAAUCCCAAUUUAGUACAUCUGAUUCCAUCUGCACUUCAGAACAAGAAGGACAUUCUUUUUGGGAACCUCCCAGAAAUCUACUAUUUCCACAACAGGAUUUUCCUUAAGGAGAUAGAAAAUUGCAUUGAAAACCCUGAGCUUCUUGCCCGAUGCUUUUUGAAAAGAAAGGAGGAUCUCCAAAUAUAUGAAAAGUACUGUCAGAACAAGCCAAGGUCUGAAGCUCUCUGGAGACAGUGUGGAGACAGCAUCUUUUUUCAGGAAUGUCAGCGUAAAUUGGAUCACAAGCUCUCACUUGAUGCCUAUCUCUUAAAGCCAGUUCAGAGAAUCACCAAGUACCAGCUGCUGCUAAAGGAAAUGCUGAAGUGUAGCAAGAAUUCAGAAGGUACUGCUGAAUUGGAAGAGGCCCUGGCCACGGUGCUUGAUAUCAUCAAAUCAGUAAAUGAUUCCAUGCACCAGAUAGCAAUCACAGGAUAUGAGGGGGAUGUCAGUGAGCUUGGCAAGCUGUUGAUGCAGGGUUCCUUCAAUGUAUGGACUGACCACAAGAAGGGGCACAACAAGGUGAAGGACUUGGCUAGGUUCAAACCAAUGCAGAGACACCUCUUCCUCUACACAAAGAUGCUACUUUUCUGCAAGAAACGGGAGCAGAACACCGAUGGCCAUGAGAAGACAGCUUCAUACAGCUUUAAAAAUUCAUUAAAGAUGAGCACUGUGGGCAUUACAGAAAAUGUAAAAGGGGAUAACAAGAAGUUUGAGAUCUGGUAUAAUGGCAGAGAAGAAGUCUAUAUCAUUCAGGCAUCUUCUGUUGAGCUGAAGAACACCUGGAUUUCAGAGAUCCGCAAGGUCCUGACAGGACAGCUGGAAGCAUGCAGAGAAGCAAGUCAACUGCACCAAAGAAUCACUGAGAGUGUGUAUCAUGCACCAAUGGAUUCCUCCAAUGCAAGCAGGUAUAGCAGGAAGUCAUCAAGUAUAUAUGAAAACAAAUCUGAGACAUCAAAUGUGGAUGCAUCUAACAACAAAAACAGGAAUUCCAGUCCCAGCGCCAGGCAAAAGAGAGGUUGGCCCAGCAGGCAGAUGCCUUCUCUAGACACAUUUGAAGAUUUCGAAGCCAUCCCUUCCAGCAUGGAUGAACUCUCCAACUCUUCUGAUUUGGAGGAAGAGACCAACCCCAACAAUGGGAGCAAUCUCUUCCGUGUCGAAGGCAGUUUUGACAGCUGUUUCCCAGAUUCUCUGACUCUUGAGGAUGGAGAUUUAGUGCAGUUUGUGCAGGAAGGAGAGAAUGGGCAGUGGUUAGUGAAGAAACUGGUCUCUGAGAAAAGCGACUGGGUUCCCUCCAGUAUAUUGCAGCCAGCAGAGGGGGACAGUAACAACAUAAUCAAGAGCAGCAAUGCAGACACGUACAACGAUUCCUGCAGCACAGCCUCAGUAGAGUCAGACACGAAGGAAAGUGAGGUGGCCAAAAGCUUCCCAGCAGAACAGAGGGCUGGCAGCUGAACAGCAGGACCAGCCUUCCUCAGGACCCCGUCCACCUGUCUUUACCUUGGGUGGACACCGGAUCAAAGCUGCCUUUCUCACAAGCUCUGAGGUUCAUAAUCCACUAAAAUUUUAUCAAUGUGAACAGAUGAGAACUGUGCUGUCCACCUGGCAAGCUGGGAAAAACGAACUUGAAAGGAGCAUUAAACAUCCAGAAAACAUCAAACCUACCUUCAGUAUUAGAGGAGAAAAAUGCUUCUUGCAUUGAUUAUCAAACUGUUUCAGAAGAUGUGGCCUAAAUUAGGUCGACAGCAGAGCUGAAGAGUUUCUAUGCACGCACCUUUUGGCAACUUCGCUUGAGCACCACAUCACUGCAAAGGAGCACAGUGGUUACGAGUCCUUGCUCCACCCUGGGGUCACCGGGAGGUUUUUCCAUUUGCUUGCCUCUGGCUGUGCCUUCCCUGUCCUCCUUAAUUCCAGCUGAUACAUCAUCACAAAUGUGCCCUUUUUGCAACACCAAAAACCCCACCUGAGGGUGGCUGUGGGAAGGAGACUCCUGGCUGGGCCGGUCAGGGAGGCUCGGUGCAGCAGUGACGGGACUCCCUGCUGCACACAGCGUUCCACACCUGGGAGGUGCAGGGCUGAGCAGGGGAGUAAAGACCUGUAACAGCUGUGACAAAGAACACUUUGAACUCUUUUCUACAGUCAAAGUCUUUCCUCUGCCCCCUCUACAGUCUCUGGUUGCUGGAUCACAACCCUUUGCAUUUGGUGCCGAGAAUUGAGUGGAAUGCCAUUUACUGUCACAUAUUUGAGUAGACUGCAUGCUUUCCUUGUGUGCUGGGCUAUGAGUAGAUACAUUUCACCCCCCAUUUGGAAUAUACUUAAGCAUUGCAAAUAGGCAGUGAGCAUUAGAUGCUCCGAUGAGUGGAUAAAGUGUUGUUGUUAAAUAAUUCUUUCCAGGACGUUUGAUGAAAGGACUGUACCAAAUCUCUGCCACAUAAGGAUGUAAUGUAUAACAUAAAGUGAUUACAGAUGGUAUGAUUCUUACACAAGCCAUUAGCUCAUUUAGAGCAACUGUUAAGGCAUUUUGAUGGUAAUUGGGUCUUAGGUCCCACAAAAGCUGCUAGUACUUUAGUAAAGAUAAAUAUUGACUGCAGGUUGCAGACAGGCAAAGAUCAGUCUGGUAAAAACGAGCCCAGAAGAAGCUCAAGAGUGAGUGAGUGGCUUUCACUCUUAGGGAUGUUUUGUUUAACCCUCAGACUAGUGGUGCUUUAUGUAAAUAACAAAGGGCACUAAAAGCACUAGAAAUGGAGAUUAAGCAAAACCAAAACCCGCUCUUUACUAAUUGAGCCUCUGAGCAAAGCAGUUGGUGUGUAUCACUUCUGCUCUCACCUUGCAGGGACUCGAAUGUUUUCCUUUGUGUCUCAGCGGAGGCUGGCAUUGCAAGUACCUUAGUGUGAGUCAGGAUAGCUGUGGAGCAGGUAGAUAGUCCUCUUUGAGAAAAAGCCUUGGAGCAGGUAAAGGCUUAGAUUUUUUUUUUUGCCUAUGAAGAUUUAUUGCUUGAUUAUAAGUUGCACUGUAGUGAUUGAUACCCAUGGCUCUUCUAACAUUCCAUAUCUAAACUCUGUGAUUUUUGACAUUUUCUGUUCAUGACUAAAGGAUCUGAGAGUUCUGUACCUUUCUGGAAGCUGUUUUUGUCCUACAGAGGUAGGAGCUUGCCUGUUUCUGUUGGUCAUUUACCUCAAAAAUGACAUGUAGGCUCUCAGGAACAUGAAUCCUCUUGGUCUGCUGUGGUUAUCAGCACCUUGCAGGAAGAACUGAUUCUUUUCAGUCCUCUAAGGAAAUAUGUAGUGACAUUUUCUUAUAGUGCAAUUACUUUAUCCCCUCUCUAAAAUGAGUUCAUUCUGGUUUCUCUAUUACUCUCAGUAAUUUUUGCACAGGAACAGUGCUGCUGUCUACUCCUGCCCUAAGCAUAGGAGAGGAAAGGGUUAGGGAGCUUUGAUUGCACAUUAGUGAGUAUAGUGAGCUUGUGUGUGUGGGAGGGUUACCCUGGGUGUAUGAAACAGCCAGAAUGAAGAUUUGUGACAUUGCUGAUGGAUGGAAAGACAAAAACCUGCACUUUGGAGUUUUAUUUUUGAGCAGUCUCAUUCUGAUUGUGAAAUGGCAGUGGGAAGUCUCUGAACUGAAGAUGACAAGUCCGGUACUGUCAGUCCAUUUCCUACCUCUGCACGAGCAGGGUGACAGUGUGCUGGUCCUACAUCCCCUGCUGCCCUGAAACCUUCCUGUAAAAUGGGAGCUAUUGAAUUUCCCACUAAAUGCUAGAUUUUACCAUGUAUACAAAAAUUAGAGACCCUCCAGGGAAAAGCAAAGCAUUCAACCCCACAUGCCCCAGUGUGCCCUCCAAGGGUGCCACUGGAGGCAUCCUGUGGAGCAGUCUAGAGCUGGAGCAGGGAAUGGAGCACUGAGGAAAAGGGUCCUCUCCCAGCUCCAGACCAUCUGUCAUGGCAACUGCAGAGGAAGGGGCUGGAUUAUUGCAUUCUCCUCCCUACUUUGUUUUUGAAAGCUUUUUCUUUUUUAUUUUUUCCCACCCAAAAUCUCAUGUCUUAUCCUGCUGGACCAAAGUUUGAGUGUGUCCUGCUCCACGGAUGCCCUGGGGAUCCCUCUGUCCCGUGGCUGUGCAGCAGUGGCACAGCACUCUGGCCUUUGGGAGCUGCCUGUGCCACACCUCCCUGGGCACACUGAGCAGGAGCUCACAACCAUAACUGUGUCUUUAACCUUUCUGCAGUGCCAGCUGCCUCUUUCUGCCUCCACAUUCCCAACCCAGAGCACAGAGCAGCCCUGGCAGGGUCUGCUGGGCAGUGACAGGGCCCUUUGGCUGGAGAGUCAGUGAGACAGGGCCACUGCAGGGCUGGCUUUGGGAAAGAGUGAGUUCAGUGGCACACCAGGCUGCUGACAAGUCCAAAGGAACAAUCUUCUGGCUUUGCUGAUCAGACAAAAUGGGGUUUGAUGACUUUUUGAGUUUUUUAAAUAGUAUGCAGGAUAGUCUUUUAAUUAGUAUAUUUCUGUCAAGCAAGGUGAUAAUUAAGGGAAUGACUCCCCAUGUAUAGGAAGAUGAUUUGGUAAAGUCCAGCAAGACUAAUAAUGUGUGUUAGGGUAUGCUUAUUCUGUCUGUAGGUCUUUGACACCAUCCUUUUCAGGUGGAUGGAACUAAAAAUCAUAGUUUUCAAAUAAGGAUUUCAUUUCAGUGUUGUUUGGAGAUGAUACAGUGACCAUUUAGAAGUCAUUUAAAAGUAAUGGUUGUGACUAAAUUUUGGCUGUAGAAGACACCAGAUCCCAGGUAAAUCUGUGCUGCAGCAGCCCUUGCUGCUGGCCCUGGGCCAGGGCUGCUCACCUGCCCUCCAGGCUGAGGGUUUGCCUGAGCUCUCCUCCCUCUGCUCUGCUGCUCUUCUGCAAAACUUCAGAAACUUCACAUCCUCAAAGCUGCCCUCAGACCUGCUCACUCAGGUGUGGGAGGGCUGCAGAGUCCUUCCUUACUGGCACCAAUGGCAAACAGACACAGGCAGCUGCAUGACACACAAUCCUUGUUUUAGUAAACCAGGCUAAAACAGAAUCAGGCCUGAUCCUCUCCUCUCACCUGUGGAUCCUCUCUCCUCUCUCAGUGGAGAACCAGACCGUGGUCGUGGUCUUGAACACAAACAGCUGCAGCCAAACCACAUCUGAGCUCUGGCUUUUCUCGCCAGUGACAGCAAAGCUCUGUGUGUGUCUCACGUUCUGGUCGUGUGUGUGAUGAGAAACCAUUUCAUUCCUAUGAUUUUCUUAGAGUCUUGAUAUUCCAAACAGGAUUGGGUAUGAGAAAGGCCAUGUGCUUCCUUUCCAAAAAUACUCAAAGACUUCAAAUAUAUAUAUAUAAUUAGAAAUAUAUAAGAAUAAUAAGAAAAAAGAUCCAAAAUGUGUAUUUCUUCUUGCAGCUGGACUGAAAUAGCUGCUAAGAUUUCCUCUCCCCAGCCGAGAAUUGGUACAGUUUGUUUUUCUUACAUGAUUUCCAUGGUGUUGAUAAUGAUGUAUUUGUAUAUUGUGACUGAUGAGAGAUAAUCAGACAGGGAAAGAACACAGAAUUACCUGUCCUUUUUUCCAGUCAAGACAGAAUGUAUGAAUUUAUUACAAGAAAAAAAGUGUGCAAAUGAACUUCCUGUAAUUAGGCCAUUCUGACCUGUGUAGAACCACACUUUGUUUGAAAUUUAUAAAAAUUAUAACUAGUACAAAACUCCGUGGUUGAUGUCUCUAUAUGAAGCAACAAGUAAAAUGAGAUUUUUUUUUUCUAUUUGAAAUAAAUUA